AUGUCUGCAAACGGCAAUGGCGGUGCUCCUCCUGUAGGACAAGAGAAAAUCAACACUGAUAUUGUCACCCUCACCCGCUUCCUCACAGAAGAGCAGGCCAAGGUUCCAGAAGCCACCGGUGACUUCACACUACUCUGCCACGCUCUUCAAUUCGCAUUCAAAUCGAUUGCCUACUACAUUCGUCGCGCUUCCUUGAUUAACCUGACCGGUUUGGCUGGUUCCUCGAACACGACUGGCGAUGAUCAGAAGAAGCUUGACGUCAUCGGCAAUGAUAUUUUUAUCUCCGCCAUGAAGGGCUCUGGCAAGUGCCGUAUCCUUGUUUCCGAGGAAGAGGAGGAGGCUAUUGUCUUCGACGAGCACCCCAACGCCCGCUAUGCCGUGGUCUGCGACCCUAUUGACGGUUCCUCCAACCUUGACGCUGGCGUUUCGGUUGGUACCAUCUUCGGAAUCUUCAAGCUUCCCGAUGAGGUCCUUGGUCCCAACAACAAGGUCACUGCCCAGGACCUUCUCCGCGCCGGCACGGAGAUGGUGGCCUCCGGCUUCACCAUGUACGGUGCCUCCGCACAGCUGGUGAUCACCAUGCGCAACGGCGGUGUCAACGGCUUCACCAUGGAGAACUCUCUGGGUGAGUUCAUCCUGACACACCCCAACAUGCAACUUCCUGCCAAGCGGGCCAUCUACUCGGUCAACGAGGGUAACAGCAUGUACUGGGAUGACUGGGUGAACAAGUACCUCCACUCGCUGAAGUACCCCGGCGAGGGCCAGAAGCCCUACAGCGCGCGUUAUAUUGGUAGCAUGGUGGCCGAUGCCUACCGGACUCUCCUCUACGGCGGUAUUUUCGCCUACCCGGCUGAUUCCAAGAGCCGCAAGGGCAAGCUGCGUAUCCUCUACGAGUGUGCUCCCAUGGCUAUGCUCUUUGAGAACGCAGGCGGUCUGGCGGUGAACUCCCAGAUGGAGCGUCUUCUGGAGGUGGUUCCGGAACACAUUCACGACCGGAGCGGUGUCUUCCUGGGCUCGAAGGACGAGGUACAGAAGAUCAUCGAUACGUACAACCAGCACCACAAAUGA